GCGGAACUAUCACGUCAGCGUUGUGGUUCAGUACGACAAAUAUUUGGUGCGGACACAGUUUCCUGGCAACAUUCAUCCUGUGCGAAGAGCUGCAGAUGUGGAUUCAGAGGCCUGCUACACGAAAUCUUAAAGCUAACGUCAGUGGGUGGAGGGAUGAGCCACUCUUCUGUGAUUGGUCAGACAGCAAGCAAUGGUGUGGAUACCUCUGGCACUCCAAAGGCACCUGAUUGGUCAGGACCUCAUGGCUUUAACCCCCAAGAAAUAAAGUUCAUGGAUGAUCCUGAAUUUAUAGAGCAGGAUACUCACAAGGGGACACCUGUCCUGUCUGAGAUUCUCAAACACACACCUUGCCACAAGGACUCGGUAUGCACGCAUGCACAUCAGUCGAACACAGUUCUUGCAGAGACUCCACCCGCAGAUGAGUCUCCACACGUGACAUGCACACAAUCCUCUGAGACAGAAUUAACACAAGCCCGCUCCAAAAGAGAUCUGGAAGAAUGGAGAGGAGAGGAGGAGGAGACAAACAGAGGUGAUGGAGAGAUGAACAACAUUAACAAGAAAGAAAUUGUGCAAAGGAAAGAGACUCUUAUUUCUGUGCAGGAAUGGUCUAAUUCUGAUUCAUCAUCGUCGUCGUCUCUCCAGGACAAAAUCCAACCAAAUACUUCCGUUUCCCCUGAUGAGGCCCCUCCCCUCGUUCCAGCCCCUCCCCCUGAUCAGACCACACCCCCUCUGCUACCGGACAUUGACAGUUCACCGUGCCCUGCUCAUGUGAUGGCGGAGGUGCGCGUACGGUCUGUGCCAGAGCGAGAUCGUGUUGUGCGUGGCAUGCAGGACAGUAAAAGUCUUGAUGAGAUCAGUGGGGCAUGUGGGGGCGGGGCAAGAGGAGGCGGGAUUAAAGGUGGGCAGGCAGAGGGACGCAGAGCAACCAUAUCUAGUGCCCUGGAACUGGAAGGAACUGUCAGCCAGGAAGGAGAUCUCACACACUUCAUCACCAAAAACCUUGAACAAAAGAUUAAAAUGAGUUCGCGGCCAAGUCUGGACACAGAUUCAGACUGCUCGGGGCCGGUUGUACAUGAACGUGGAUCUCUGCGUCGGCCGGCUGAUAUUCCACCCAUUGACCCGUCAGUACUGGUGGACCUUCAUAAACACACACAGGAUGUUGCUCAAAGCGUAGAACUGAUGCUUCGAAGCCUCAAUGGAACCAUACAGAAUAUGACUGCAUUAAGUGUGGGUUAUAUCCAGACGUACAGAGACUCUGUGGACAGUUUGGGAGAGUCGGUGGACAUGAGUAUAAAGGGAAUGUACACACUCAUGGCGCGAUGUGAGGAGCUAGAUCGCUCCAUGCAACCUAUACAUACUCUAGCUGCUCAGAUUAGGGACAUUAAACGAACGCUUGAUGCCCUGGAAACCAUCUGUAAGUAACUAUUGCAACAGACAACACCCCUGGCCAAGGGAAGACUUCAUCCCUUUGGAGAUAAGCUGUGGCUCCGCCCUCUGCUAUACUUUGCAAUGGAAUCAUUUUGCCAAUCUAAUGUUUCCUUGCAAUUCCUGCAAGUGCUUGUCCCCUUAGUGACAGCUUUUAUCCCCGUCCUUGUCCUUGGAGACCACAUCUGUAAGCACCUGCUUUUGUUGUGGCUCUUUGCCUGGGAAAACGGUAUUAAGUCCUUACACCCCCAACACCCUCCAGGUGACCACAGGAAAGGCUGAUUUGUGGGCCCUGUUUAUGAAGUGUGGUGUAGGUGGGUGUUUUGACAGACUGUGGCAUUUCCCCUGUAACAUUCUGAAAUAUAAGACAUAGAUGUGUGUGUAACGUCAAUAUUUGCCGGAAUGAAAGCAUUAACUGGAAGCCAUGCUCUGUUUGUACUUGUUCCUCUUGGAUGUCUUUGUUUCUGUAGGAUGGAUGCCAUGCAUCCCAGAUUUCACAGCCGUCAUUGUUAAGUUUUAAAACAGUUGUAUAGAAUUUUGGGCCCUCGAUUGCUGUGUGACGAGUUAUGAUAAAUGUGUGAUGCAUUAAAUGUUUGUCAAAUGCAAGUGUUUGUCAUAAAACACACCUCAAUUAAGAGAGGUAGGUGGAGAGAGAAUAAGUAGCAGGAUUUCUUUUUUGAAUGGUGAAAGUAAUCUUUACCUAUUUGAACUGUCCUGUCUUGCUAACUUAAACCCUGAUCUGUCAUUAAUGUGUAUUUUAAAUUAUAUCUACCACAAUAAAUUUGCUAGAAUGAUC